AACGAACUACAAUGAUUAUUCUUCAAGUUACAAUAUUAUUAAUAACGUGGACGUCUAAAUGUGUAGCAGUACCAAAUAUUCAAGAUAAAAUUAUACCAGAAGAUGCUUUAUUAAACUUCACUGAGCUAUCCAAGAAAUAUGGACAUCCUGCCGAAGAACACAACGUUGUCACAGAAGAUGGGUACAUAUUAAAACUUUUUCGUAUACCUGGUGAAAGUAAAAGACCAAUAUUCAUCAUGCAUGGACUAGGAGAUUCUGCAGACUCCUAUAUAUUGAGAGGUUAUAAAUCUUUAGCCGUAACCCUAGCUAAUGAAGGAUAUGAUGUCUGGCUUGGAAACAACAGGGGCAAUAAAUAUUCCCGAAGACAUUUACACCUGAAUCCAGAUAAAGAUAAUAAGUUCUGGCAGUUCAGCUUUCAUGAAAUCGGCAUUUAUGACUUGCCAGCAAUAAUGGACUUUAUUUUGAACAAAACUAAAUCAGAUAAAACAGAUGUUAUAGCACAUUCUCAAGGAACUACGGCGUUUUUCGCUUUACUGUCAACGAAACCGGAAUACAACGGAAAGAUUAAUGUCCUAGCAGCACUAGGUCCAGUGGCGUUUCUAGGUAAUUUAUCUCCACCUAUAUCAACUAUUGCAAUUACAGGACCUGUAAUCAACCAAAUCUUAGUUACCAUGAAUGUAGAAGAGAUAGCCGCCAAUGAAACUGCAGCUCGAGCAUUGCAAACUAGACUUUGUUCUUUAGGAUUCAUAGGAGGUAAUUUUUGCCGCUUCGGCCUUAUAUUUCCUCUCUUUGGAUUCGACCCUGAGAGUCUUGAAGCAGAGUUCGCGCCGAUUGCUCUGGCUCAUUUCCCAGCUGGUCUCUCAAGGAAGUGUUUAGUGCAUUACGAUCAAUUAUUUUACAGUAAAAGGUUCUCAAGAUUUGAUUACGGGGCUUCGAUGAAUUUGAAAUUAUACAAGACAUUUAGCCCGCCGGAUUAUGAUUUGAGAAAAGUGACUGCAAGAAUAGCCUUGUAUCUAGGGAGGAAUGACCCGUUCGCGAAGAUAAAGGAUGCAGAAAUCUUGAAGGAGAUACUACCUAAUAUAGUGGAGUUUAAAAUUAUAGAUUCAAAUAAAUGGACUCAUGUUGACUUUGCUUGGGCUAACGAUAUGGACAAGUAUUUAUUUCCUGUAAUUUUUGAUAUUUUGGAAAAAUUCAAUUAA